UUGAUGGAUUCAUUCAUUCAAUAUCAUUCAUUUCAUUCCUCGUAAAAUGAUGGGAGAUGACGGGUGUCUGUCGUAAUUUCACAAAAAUACCCAUUUUUUUUCAACUAUUUUAGUUACGAUAACAUUUUGUGACAAGACUGUGAGUUCGUGUGUGUCUGUGUUCGAUUUGUGUGUUUUUAUUCAUUUAGAACUACGUUUUUUCGUCGUAUUCGCUGCUCAACGUUAUUUGAUCAAAGCCAGCCAAUAAAUAAGACUGAUAAACUACAUAGAAUUAUGUAGACACGUAUACAAAAGAAAAAUAUAGUUUUAACAUUCCAGUGUACGAGUCAGUACACUUUAUAGUAUGACAACUGGCAGCCAUAUUGCGUAGCGAGAAAAUCCAAGAUGGCGACUCCUGUCAAAAGUGUUAAGGAGGAGAAUGAGGGAGAUGAAGCGAAUGAAAAGCUUCUAGAAGAGAAUCAGGUGUUGAUUGUACCGGCUCAGCAGAAUCAAGAUGGCGGACUUGUGGCUGUUAAGUCUUCGAAGAAAGUUAAGUUACCAGAAGACUCCAAUGCGGUGGGGGGAGGUCGUUUCACCAUAGGUCCGGCGCCGGAACGCGACUGGGAGAUGGUACCACCCGACGGCAAAUGGGGAUGGUGUGUACUCGUAGGUGCAACGCUAGUGAACAUCCUAAUACCUGGUACUAUCAAGUCUUUUGGCGUCCUACUGGUGGAGUUCAACGAUGUGUUCCAAUCUAGCGCGUCUGCGUCAUCAGCGCUGUGCUACUUCUUGUACAGUAGUUUGGGUCCUCUAUCAUCGAUCCUAUCAGUGAAAUGGUCGUAUAGAACGGUGACCCUCAUCGGCGGCAGUUUUGCGGCGUUCGGCAUGAUAUUCAGUAGCUGCGCCUUUUCUAUCACCUAUUUGUAUUUUAGUUUUGGCGCGAUGGUAGGCACAGGCGCUGGUCUAGCCUUCCCUCCUACAGUAUAUAUAGUGACAUCAUACUUCGUACGUCUGAGAGGGCUUGCGAACGGCAUCUGUAUGUCUGGGAGCGCCUUUGGAAGUAUUAUACUGCCGCCCGUCUUGAGGUAUCUGCUUGAAGAGUAUGGGUAUAAGGGCGCAGUCCUAAUUCUGGGUGGUAUUAUGCUCAACGUCUGGGCAGCAGCCCUGCUCUUCCAGCCAGUAGAAGAACACAUGGUGAGGAAGUACAAGGAGCCGGAAGAAGAUGAGGACGGUCCACAGUUGGAACCGUUCAUAGAAGAAGAUGGGGAGCUAGAAGAUUCUGAGAAUCCAAAACUGACAUUCACCCCCGAAGACCCCUCGCCGACACCCACGGCUGAAAAACACCCCAACGGAUCACCCCCAAUCUUCAAAAACGACUCCAACAUUAACCUGGACGACCCCAAAGAUUUCGCAAGAUCCGCCAGCGCUGUACAAGUAGCUUUAAGUCGAAAAACCGGUUCUUCAAGGCAUGGGCUACAAAAUAUCUCAAGUAAAAAUCAUUUGCCUUCUAAUCCUUCGUUAUUAGAAUCGGUCCCAGAAGGAAAGGGGAGUCGUGUUAACUCUCAAGAAGCGUUUGGUAAGAAAUUAGGAGUCCCUAAGACUCCUAAAAGAAGUCCGUCUACUUCUAGCUUUCAGUACAUGUCGACUCCUUUUCACGGGUCCACGUUAUCAGCUUUUGAAAAACCCAGUGAGUUUGCUUCUCAAUUCAGCUUAAAAUCUGUCACAGACAGCUUAGCACCUAUAAGUUACUGUUGCGGUUGCAAAAAGCGAUCGAAAGAGGAUGAUUCUAAAAAGGAACCAAGCAAAUACUUUGAUAUUAACUUACUAAAAGAUCCAAUUUAUUUGGUUAUAUUAAUAUCGAAUUGUACUUCAGCGAUUUCGUACACGAAUUUCAUCAUUUUAGUGCCCUCUUACGCUAAAGAAUGUGGUUUUGACAAAUCAUUAGGCGCCUAUCUUCUAUCAAUCAUUUCUGCGCUAGACUUAGUUGGCCGAAUCGGCGGUUCAGCACUAUCAGACGUAGUUUUAACACCAAAACGUUACUUUUUCAUAUUCGGUCUUUUACUAUCUGGCAUUAGUCUUUCCAUGAUACCUUUAGUCAGAAGUUAUUCCGCAAUUUCGGUCUUUUGCUCGAUUUUUGGUCUUGCUUCGGGUAUAAACGUCGGUGUGACAGCUCUUGUAAUGACAGAGAUGCUUGGAACGGAAAGACUAAUGUCUUCUUACGGUAUCAGUCUUUUUGUCAACGGUAUUUUGCAGUUGAUCGGACCGCCAAUUUGUGGGUUCUGGUUUGAGUAUACGCAGUCUUAUAAAUCAUUGUUUGUUACGCUAGGAUUCGUGCUAGUAUUUGGGGCUGCUCUGUGGGGUUUUGUGCCGUUUAUUCAUAGAAGGAGAAGGUUGGCAGCGAAUAAGAAUAAGCAAGGGGUUAAAGCGUAAUGUUAGGUAUUUUGUUUGUGUCGCGAACUCUUUGAUGGAACUCUAUUUUUUUAUCUGAGAGAACUGAACUAAAUAAUUAUCAUACACAAUAUUCUAUAGUUAUCUAGUUUAAUACAUAGGUACUUAACCAAAUAUAAUUCUGCAACUUCUAUAUUAUACUGCAUAAGUUGUCGAGUGAAGGAAUAGUGAGUGCACCUGUGUGCAAAUGCUCAUGCGCUAUACUAUAUCCUGCGCAGCUGGCUGAUCUCCUUUCAUGAGAACAGGUUAGGAGGUUUGGCAUCAUUAGUUGGCAAGUAACUAUUUAAAAAAUAUUUGUUUUGUAAAGUAAUCUGAUUGAUAAUUUUGAGUAAUUCUCAUUAAAAGUAUGUAAGUAAUGAAUAGAGUUCGUAAAAAGAGUUUGUGACACAAAAAAACAAAAUGGCGGAUAUACAUAUGUCACAUGAUAAAAUUGCCCAAUACAUCUUACUUUUCUUAUAGUAUUUUGUUACAAGUAUUAUUCCCUGUACAAAAAUAAUCUAUACUUACUAAUAUAAUAACACUUCUUGUAAAGCACUAAUAAAAAACUAAUAAAACUAAUAAACUAAGGUACUCAGCUACAUCCGGUUAGACUGGAAGCCGACCCCAACAUAGUUGGGAAAAAGGCUCGGAGGAUGAUGAUUUAUAUACGUAAUAACGAGAAACAAUUUUAGUGACCUACGAAAUACACAAAAAUCAUCAAUUUAACCUCUUAACCAUCAAUCGAUAUUUUAAAUUAGUUUUUUUAUUGUUAUUUUUGCUAUAGUUAAGAUGUAUUGGGCAGUAAAGACAAAAAAUACCGCUGUAAAACUAAAAAAGGGUAUAUUUUUAUAAUUAAGAUAAUAUUAAAUAGUGGCCGGUUACUUCCAAAUAGUUUAUAGUCUUUAUAUAAAAACUAUAUUAAGUCGAUCGUUCCUUAAUCUUCAUUUAACCGACUUAACAAAGUAAGAGGUUGUUAUUUCAACGAAAAAUUCAGCUUCAUACAUUAACACCAAUAAAAAAAACAAUUUAGUUAAGGCUUUCACAGUAAAACUGCUGAACCGGUUUCGAAGAAUUUAAGUUGGAAAUAGUAUGACAGUCGUUACGGGUAGUCAGAAGCCAGUAAGUUUGACAACCAGUCUUACCAAGGGGUAUUGGGUUGCCCGGGUAACUGGGUUGAGGAGGUCAGAUAGGCUGUCGCUCCAUGUGGCACACUGGCACUUUUUCGUAAUCAAUACAUAUAAAGAAUUGUGUUAUAAACCAAUAUAACAUUUAAAAUCAUUUGUUUUUCAGUCACAAAAUAAUUUAUUUAAUAGCAAAUUUUACAUUUUUAACACAUUUAAUUUUAUUUCCAUACCAUAUUUUUAAAUAUCAAUGAUUACUUAAUUAUUAUUUUAUUUUAAUACUUAUACAUAGAAUAAUCUAUUUUUCAUAUUUUCAUGUCUUACUUACAUCACAAUUUUAUACGAACCAUAAGAAACAGUUAUGUGUCAAAAAUUUACAUAUAUUUCUUAUGUCAUCUUUACUAUUAAUAUAAACUUGAAGAGUUUUUAAGCGAUUAUUUCAGGAACCACUAGGCCGAUUUAGAACUCAAAUGUCGAAUUAUCGAGGAAGGUUAUUUUUUAUCCGGGUGCGCGAAGUAGUUCUCACGGAAAACGGAGACAACCACUGGCAGUAGUUAAAGUACGAAUAUUAAAAACAUACAUUCAAGAAUCAUUCUAAAUCACAAUAAAAUCAAUCUUUUUACAAAAAUGAAAAUAUUAAUGGCGUAAACCGUCCAUGUACUUUUGAUUUGUUUUAUUGCUAUUUCUUUUUCAAUAAUUCAUCUAUUAAAUAACUUUGUACAAACCUAUUAAUGAACUUACCCCGACUUUACACUUGUAAAUUGCUUCCGUAAAAAUUACGUAUUCCGCUUCCGUAAUAAUUACGUAAGUCACUUCUGUAAGUCGUAAGAAGAUCUAAAAAAUUACUGUAAGCGGUUUACGAAAAGGUACAGGUUACAUUUCUAUAUUUAUAGUAAGUUACUUACCUGAGAAAAAUUUACAAGUGUAAAGGCAGACUUAAAUCGGAUGGCACGUUAAACUGUAGGUCCCGGCUGUCAUUGAACAUCCUUGGCAGUCGUUACGGGUAGUCAGAAGCAGGUAAGUCUGACACCAGUCUAGCCAAGGGGUAUUGGGUUGCCCGCGGAACUGGGUUGAGGAGGUCAGAUAGUGCAGUCGCUCCUUGUGGCACACUGGUACUUAGCUACAUCCGGUUAGACUGGAAGCCGACCCAAACAUAGUUGGGAAAAAGGCUCGGAGAAUGAUGAGACCGACUUAUGUUAUAAAUGCGAAAUUUUGUUUGUUACUCAAUACUGAACCAGUUCAGAUGUAAUUUGAAAAGGUAUAAUGUAGUUUCCUCGGGGCGGGUGAAACCGCGGGAAAGAUACUAUACAAUAGUUGUGAUACGUAGAUUUUGAGGACCUCAUAAUAUAGGGUUUUUAUACUAAAUAAACAUGUAAAUCAAUAAUUUAAGAACUCCGUUAUAGAACUACUAAUCCUUACUUAUAAAUAUUGUAAAUGCGAAAGUAACUCUUGUCUGAUUUUACGCCAAAACUAAUGAACCGAUUUGAAUACAAUUUUGUACAGUUUAACGCCUGAAAAAGGGACAUACAAUACUUUUUACCCGGCUGCGGGAAGACGCAAUAACAUUUGUUAAACCUAUAUACUUUAAUUGCUUAAAGCAUUGAAAAGAAAAAAAUGGUGGCUUGCGAAAUACAUAAUAUAUCCGUAUUGGAAAAAGAUGUAUACUUAAAUUAAUAAUAUUAAGGUAAAUGCAUCUUUUGGUAGCGGUAAAUUCAACCCACCCAAAACAAAAAUGUGAAAGACUGCCAAGUUCGAUGAAAUGGGAAUACUUCGCCUAUAAAAGAAGUGAGAUCUGAAUAAGUACCAAGUUCCAUACACAUACCUUAGUUAAAAAUAGUUACUUUUUAAUGAUGUUACUUGGCAAGUUUUCACACACCUUGUUAUAAACCUACUAAACGCAAUGAAUCAAGUAUUUAAUUUUCUAUUAAAACUUGCCAAGUAACAUCAUUAAAAAGUAACUAUUUUUAACUAAGGUAUGUGUAUGGAACUUGGUACUUAUUCAGAUCUCACUUCUUUUAUAGGCGAAGUAUUCCCAUUUCAUCGAACUUGGCAGUCUUUCACAUUUUUGUUUUGGGUGGGAUUUCAUUUAUUUUUGUAAGGUUGUUUAUUUUAUUGUUUUCUUAUUAUUAAGUUUUGAAUAUGCACUAUGCUUCUUACAAAGAAAUAAACUAGAUUAACUAAAUGGCCUAGAUUUACCAACUGACUGACAUGACAUGUUAUCAUAUAUUAUGUUCGUGGAUCAAAGUUACACAUUCGUUAUUUUCGAAAGUGACUCACACUUGGCCGUUUUCAGAUUUUUACUUUACCUUGACUAAAUACAAACCUUUGUAACGAAUUUCAGAUCGGUACGACCAUUCGAAGAUAUAUUAUAUAAAUUUAGUUCGUUUUAGUUCCUUAGGGGUAUAAAUACCUUCAUUAUUUUGAAACCGACUCACACUUGGCCAUUUUCAGAUUUUUUCCUUUACCUUGACAUAAAGACCUACCUCCAUGCCAAAUUUCAAGUCAAUACGACCAUUGGAAGUGGUCUAGGUUUUUGAUGAGUGAGUCAGUCAGUCAGUCAGUGAGUGUAUAGUAAAAAUAGCGAUUUUCUGACGUCAAUAUCUCAAGACCUACAAUAGGUAUAUUAAUGAAAUUUUGUAUUUUAGAUAAGUGAGGGGGUCUCAACAGAUACUAGAAAUUUGAUAUGCGUAAAUAAAAUAGAUUUUGAGUUAUAGGGGGGUCGAAUUUGGCCCGAAAUGGUUCGUGUAAUAUAACCCACGGCCGGUGUGUCGCUUUUUUUGCUCGAACUUGGCGGACACACUGCCGUGUGUCUAGAUAUACAGCCUUACUUCAAAAAGUUAAACAUCUGUUGAAAUGAAAAAUGUCAGAUUAUGAUGCUGAAAUAAGGUUCGUCUUGCAGCCACACUUUUUUUAGACAAGGAUUCAACAGAUGUUUAAGUUUUUGUAGUAAGGCUGUAAAUGUUUUUUUAUGUUUUAACUUAGGUAAAAUGUCAAAAAAACGUUUUAUAUUUAAAUUUUCCUCUACCAUUCGAAGCAUUCACCUCAAUAUGUAUUUUUUAAUAAACAUGUUUAUGUAUAAAAUAAAAUAUUAUUAUCAAUUUAAUAGUUAUCAUUAUUUUUAUCAACAAUUAAUUUUUACUUAAUUUAAUUUUAAAUCUAUUUGGAUUUAUUUUCAAAUGUUUUUUACUUAAAGAAACUUUGGUUAAAUAUAAUAUUAUAGUUACCGGAAAAUCUAUCAAUGAUUGCGAUAGAACCACAAGAAAUACUUGUAAUUUAUUUUAUUUCAAUCUAUUUAGAAAAUUGCUUUCUUAAAUUAGGUUAUAUACUCAAUAGACAUGGUGUAUGAAAAAAGUAAUUAGUCCGUCUUUUAGAUAACCCUAAAAUAAUGGACACGUAUUUUUUCUUUUCUCUCACAAACACGUCACUUUUUCAUAGACGUGACAUCACGAGCCCCCCACUCUCAAUCUUUGUCGCGUUAUACAGCCUUACUACAAAAACUUAAGCAUUUGUUAAACAACUGUCUAAAAAAAGUGUGGCUGCAAAACGGACCUUAUUUCAACGUCAUAAUUUGAUUUUUUUUAGACAAUUGUUAAACUGACGUUUAAAAGUUUUUGUGGUAUGACUUUUAUGGUCUUACUACAAAAACUUAAACAUGUGUCUACAGCUUGUCUAAAAAAAUUGUGGCUGCAAAACGGACCUUAUUUUAACUUCAUAAUCUGUCAUUUUCUUAGACAAGUGUUCAACAGAUGUUUAAAAGUUCUUGUGGUAUGACUGUUAACGUUUUGUUAAAAAAAAAUACGUGUCCAAUUUUUUUUUCCAAUCUAAAAUGCGGACUAUUUUAUUUAGAAUCACAAUUUUUUUACCCUGUCAUCACGCCUAUUCACAUGAAAAUAUAUCUUACAGGGAAUCAUGUUUGAGACCACAUUUGUAUCAAGUUACAGACAAUUUUUGUAUCGAAUCAAAAACGUUUUGUAAUGUUCAAAUCUCACUUAAAUAUACUCCAUUUGAAAGGCAGACAAUCUUCAUAUUUGCUUUAUAUUUAAAAACUUGUUUGAAUCAAUGUAAAUACAAUAAUAACAAUUUAUUAAUUGAAUCAUUAUUUUGAGCAGUAGUUUAUUUGUUUAAUAUGUAUUUGUGUAAAGUAUAUCUUAGACACCAAUGACUGUAUUUCGGAUGGCACGUUAAACUGUAGGUCCCGGCUGUCAUUGAACAUCCUUGGCAGUCGUUACGGGUAGUCAGAAGCCAGUAAGUCUGACACCAGUCUAACCAAGGGGUAUUGGGUUGCCCGGGUAACUGGGUUGAGGGGGUCAGAUAGGCAGUCGCUCCUUGUGGCACACUGGUACUCAGCUACAUCCGGUUAGACUGGAAGCUGACACCAACAUAGUUGGAAAAAAGGCUUGGAGGAGGAUGAUGAUUGUUUACCUUUAAGUAUUCAAAUGGAGUAUAGUAUUUAUAGAAAAUAGUACAAAUUCAUCUUGCAUUUCCAUCUUUUUUUAAACAUUGUACAAAUUUUUUUCAUUCAUUAUUUCUGUUUUGUACAGAUACAAAAAUUGUCUCAUUAUACUAAAAGUAUAUUAAGUUAGUUACUAAGAUUUUUUCUACAAAAUAGAAAUAUACAUUCUUAUCUAUUUAAAAUUUUAGUUUUAAGUUUUUAUUAUCGGGAAAGAAAAAAAAAACAAUUAUUGCUUAAAGUUGUCAAUUGUAAGACAGUGCCAUUUCGAAAAAAAACAAUCAAUUUUGCCUUAUACUUACACUAAACUUAGGUAGUUAUUUCAUAUAAAUAUUAUAAUAAAUAUCAUUUGUAUUA